UAAGCCCUCUCUCUCUGGCCUCUCGCGUCGAACUUCUCGUCUGCUUCCGUGACUCCUAUCCGGUCGAACUGCUCGCCCGGCGCAGCGCAGACAGAAUGAUUCCUCUCUGAGGCGAUAACGCCAUCCCAAGGAACUUCCCAGCUCCAAUCUGAUCGGUGGUGCUGCAAUAGAGUUGCAAGUCUAAUACAAUAUGCCUGUAUCUGGACUGGCUGGAUGUCCUUCGAGAUGUCUAUCGGUGCCUACUCGAGGCUCCAGGUCCAGGUCUGAUGAAGUCUCAUUCUUUUCGGCUAUAGGACGUGGGUGUGCUCUCGGGAAUUUUGAACCCCUUCGUCUUCAGAGGUUGUCUGAGCUUAGUGUGGUUUUUAGGAGCAAUGGGGCAGUUUCAAGAUACAGAUGCAGUAGACAACGAGACUAUUCGAUCAAGUGUGCGAUGGAUGCAUCUUAUGGUGAUUUUACUAAUGAAUCAGCAGGCUCUAAUGUCUUUCCUAGGAUUAACGUACGGGACCCAUAUAAGAGGCUGGGAAUCAGCAGAGAGGCUUCUGAGGAUGAAAUCCAAGCUGCAAGGAAUUUCUUGGUACAGAAGUAUGCUGGGCACAAACCCAGUCUCGAUGCAAUUGAAUCAGCCCAUGAUAAAAUAAUCAUGCAGAAGUUCUAUGAAAGGAAGAACCCAAAAAUCAAUGUCAAGAAAAAGGUCAGAGAAGUUACUCAAUCCCGUUAUGUGCAGGCCGUGAUGAGUAGAUUUCAGACUCCAUCCUCGAAGUUCAUUAUAAAAACAUCCAUAGCAUUUCUAGUUCUUGGAGUUCUGACUGUUCUAUUUCCUACGGAAGAAGGCCCCACUCUUCAGGUAGCCCUAUCUCUGAUAGCUACCAUAUAUUUCAUGCAUGAUCGACUAAUGAGCAAAUGGCGAGCUCUAUUCUACAGUGCUGGAGCUUUCAUCACCUCGUGGUUGCUGGGGACCUUCUUGAUGGUUUCUGUGAUUCCACCAAUGUUCAAGGGUCUGAGGGGCUUCGAAGUGACGACUUCAUUGAUAACCUAUAUUCUCCUCUGGGCUGCCUCUACUUAUCUAAAGUAAGAAACCUUUUCAUCACCUCACCAGAGAUCCCAAUUUUGACAAAGCAGAUGGUGUCAGAUAGAUUUCUCCUGGUCAUGGUUCUCAACCAAGUUAGUUUACGCUGAGGCCUUCCACAGAAACCGUAACCGGUAUCUUCUCGCUGUUGUAUGUUCCUGCGCUGUUUGAUGGACCUGUUGAUUUAGACUUUAGAGUGGAAAGAUUUUUGGAAGAAUUGAUCUGGAAAUUUUCACAGAGGUGUUGGCACUUCGGAAGACGGAUAAUUGUUUCAAUACUUAGUAUAAAAGUAUCCUUUCUCACCUCCUGACUCUUGUUCACUACUCUAGAUCUUGUGCUGUAGAUGUUUUAAGUUUUCUGGUUUUUCCCUAAAAUUCGGGAGAUUUGCUAA